AUGGCCGCAAGAUUCCCACAUGGAUUUGUACGAUGUAAUCGUAGACGCUCGGAAAGGGUUCUAACGAAUAUCCUCGAAAAAAUGGCUGUUUCGAAGAGAUUAGGUCUAGGUAUUUCGGAUGAGCCCUCUCAUCGAGGUAUUUGUUUGCUGCACUGGCGCUUAAUCAAAUAUGGAAGGCCUGGUAAACCGAUGAAGGAAGAAGAAGUGAAAACCUGGGAUGAUUGCGAAACUCGUUUAGAAAAGGCUGAACGUGAUGAAGAAAUCGAAAGCUACGAGGGCAUCGAAAGUUUCACGCCAUCCGAACUGAUUUCUGACGAUGACGAAGGCGAGGAAGAGAAAGCCAGGGUCUAUGAUUAUUUGGUUUCUCAAAAGCCUUAUCCACGCCUAUCAUUGAUAUCGCGCAGAACAAGCUACAGAGAUUCACAAAAGUGGCGUCAUGCUGAUCGUAAGAAAGUCAAAGCACGUGAUAGAGAGCAGCAACAAGACAGUGACGAAGAUGACAAUGUACGUGAUUUUCACACUGGUUCUCAUCUAAUAACCUUACGAUCACAAUUUCCAUUAUCAGAUCAUAGUUUCAUACCCGUAAUCGAUUCCCCGUAG